AUGGCAGGCGAUGAUUCACAUAUAUUAAUCGAUAUAUCAAAUAGCGAUACAAGGCGUAUUCUCACGUCUCUUGAUGUUAUUAUAGAGCAAGGUGAUAGUUUUGAAAUCAUCGAUGUUAUAUCGCCUUCAUCAAAUGGAAAAAGACUAUCAAUAGGUCAACUAACAGCAAUACACUUAGUAGGAUAUGAGGCAAUCAAAAAAGGAACACUAUUUAUGGAUAUCUUUAUUGCUGUUUACUUGGCUAUUCUCCUUUCGAAAUAUCGUUUGGCAAUCAUCAUCAAGGUAAUAGGUUCAGAUGCGAUCAAUGUUUUCUUUAGGGGCAUCAAAUCUGGGACAAAGGAAUGGAUAGGGACGUGA